UCAGGGAAACUCCUGCUUGAGCCAGAAGUGCCUCCAUGUGAUGGCAGAGAAGGUGCAGCUCCUUCCUAAGGGUACCUGGCUCCGAAGGAGACUGAGAGCAUCUUGUCAGAUCCACUGGGAUAACAGCAUGAUUGUGCCCUGAAGCACCAUCAGGUUCCAGCUGAGGUUAAAGAAAGCAAACUCCAGGUGUUUAUGCAGGUUAUUGUUGUGGAAUUCUUGACUUUGCAAACUUGAGCUUAGUGAAAAUCUGUAUAAACAGUGUAAAAAGAGAAAUGAAUCCCCUUUUAAAAGAUAAUAUUUUUAGAAAAUGCUGAACUCUCAUCCAGGAAUGAUUCAAAGGAAUCUGACUUUGUCCUUGCCUCUUCCUCCUGAAAAUCCAGGUUUAAGUGAGUUUAGAUAUACACUUGGACUUAGUGCUGCAGGAGAGUGUUCUCUGAGCCCAGGAAAAUACAUACAGUGAACCUAAUUCCCUUUCUGUCUCCCUUCUUCCCCAGAGCAAGCUUCCCAUGACUAACAGAUGCUGGCCUAGAUUAUGAGCUCAAACAAGAACGCUCGCUACAAUCGAUUCUCCAGUGGCACAACAAACAUCACUCCUUCAGAAAACACUAACGGGACGAGAAUGGAAACAACUUUUGGACCAGCCUACUCUGCUGUGACCACCAUCACAAAGCCUGACGGGACCAACACUUUCAAGCAGCACCGCCGGACCCCGUCCUCCUCCAGCACACUCACCUAUUCCCCACGGGAUGAGGACGAUGGCAUGCCCCCGAUCAGCACCCCACGCCGCUCUGACUCGGCCAUCUCCGUCCGUUCAUUGCACUCCGAGUCCAACAUGUCCUUGCGCUCGACGUUCUCACUCCAUGAGGAAGAGGAGGAGCCAGAGCCCCUGGUGUUUGCUGAGCAGCCCUCUGUGAAGCUGUGCUGCCAGCUGUGCUGCAGUGUGUUUAAGGAUCCAGUCAUCACAACCUGUGGGCACACGUUUUGUAGAAGAUGUGCCUUAACAUCUGAGAAGUGCCCCGUGGACAAUGCCAAACUGACCGUGGUGGUGAACAACAUCGCGGUGGCCGAGCAGAUCGGGGAGCUCUUCAUCCACUGCAAGUACGGGUGCCGAGCCGCGGCCAGCAGCAAGCCCACCGCCUUCGAGGUGGACCCCCGAGGGUGCCCCUUCACCAUCAAGCUGAGUGCCAGGAAGGACCAUGAGAGCAGCUGUGAUUACCGGCCCGUGCGCUGCCCCAACAACCCCAGCUGCCCUCCUCUGCUCAAAAUGAACCUGGAGGCACACCUCAAGGAGUGCGAGCACAUCAAGUGUCCCCACUCCAAGUACGGGUGUACAUUCAUAGGAAACCAAGACACUUACGAGACCCACCUGGAGACGUGCAAGUUCGAGGGUCUGAAGGAGUUCCUGCAGCAGACAGACGAUCGCUUCCAUGAGAUGCAGGUGGCAAUGGCCCAGAAGGACCAGGAGAUCGCCUUCCUGCGCUCCAUGCUGGGGAAGCUCUCUGAGAAAAUCGACCAGCUGGAGAAGAACCUGGAGCUGAAGUUUGAUGUUCUGGACGAGAACCAGAGCAAGCUGAGCGAGGACCUGAUGGAAUUCCGCAGGGAUGCCUCCAUGCUGAAUGAUGAGCUCUCCCACAUCAAUGCUCGGCUCAACAUGGGCAUCCUUGGAUCCUAUGAUCCUCAGCAGAUCUUCAAGUGCAAGGGGACCUUUGUGGGCCACCAGGGCCCUGUGUGGUGUUUGUGUGUGUACUCCAUAGGAGACUUGCUCUUCAGUGGCUCCUCAGACAAAACCAUUAAGGUGUGGGAUACCUGUACCACAUACAAGUGCCAAAAGACCUUGGAGGGUCAUGAUGGAAUUGUACUGGCUCUCUGCAUCCAGGGGAACAAGCUGUACAGUGGCUCUGCUGACUGCACCAUCAUUGUCUGGGAUAUUCAAAACCUGCAGAAGGUGAACACGAUCCGAGCACACGACAAUCCUGUUUGCACUUUGGUCUCCUCACACAACAUGCUCUUCAGUGGCUCCCUCAAAGCCAUCAAGGUCUGGGAUAUUGUAGGUACUGAGCUCAAGCUGAAGAAGGAGCUGACAGGUCUCAAUCACUGGGUGCGAGCGCUGGUGGCUUCCCAGAACUAUCUCUACAGUGGAUCCUACCAGACCAUCAAGAUCUGGGACAUCCGCAACCUGGAGUGUGUCCACGUGCUGCAGACGUCCGGGGGCAGCGUGUACUCCAUCGCCGUGACCAACCACCACAUCGUGUGCGGCACCUACGAGAACCUCAUCCACGUCUGGGAUAUAGAAACAAAGGAGCAGGUCCGCACGCUGACAGGGCACGUGGGGACGGUCUAUGCCCUCGCUGUCAUCUCCACACCAGAUCAAACCAAAGUCUUCAGCGCGUCCUACGACCGGUCGCUCAGGGUGUGGAGCAUGGACAACAUGAUCUGCACCCAGACGCUGCUGCGGCACCAGGGCAGCGUCACCGCCCUCGCCGUGUCCCGUGGCCGCCUCUUCUCCGGCGCUGUGGACAGCACUGUAAAGGUCUGGACGUGCUAGUGAGAGCUUCACACUAGUCCUGCACACUGAAAGACCAAAAACUCUCCCCUCCAUCGGCCUGUGGGUGACCACAUCCUCCGAAAUGACUGCUGCAGCUCCUCCUGCACCAACCACUGCCUGCUGCUGCCCCUGGGCCGGCCCCCCCGCAGGGAUCCCGGCUGGCGGCUCUCCCGAUGGGUCUGCCCCAUGGAUGCUCCAGAUGUUCCCCCAGAUCUGCCCUAGAUGAUUGGAAAAGCAGAGGAAGCAUAUCCAGUGCCUUCCUCUGCCUGUGUCCCCCCAGCUGGGGACACCCCUGGGGCUGGGGCUGGGGUGACUCUGGGCCCCAGGGCUCCAGGCCGGGCGAGCACAGCCCUUGGCCAGUGAUGGGACUGGAUGGAUCAGCGUGUCCCAGUGGUGACACUGGGAGGCUGCUCCCUGGCCAUGGUAGGACUGAGCAUUAGGCCCUGCCCUGGGUGGGCACCCGACCCCUUUCUGUCUCUAGUAUUUAAUUUUACUGCCAAGGCGCCGGGGCCGAUCCAUCUGGGAAGAGGUAUUUCCUUGAGUAGCCAGGUACGAUUUUUAUGCCACAGCUAGUUCUCAAAUCAAGUUCCACAAGCCCAUUGUUCACCACCCUGUAAUUAUGGUCUCCACAUUAAAGACAAAAAGCCUCCGUUGCAUUUUUACUCACAUUUUCUACUGUUUUUAAGAUUGUAAUAUAGAUUUGAUUAUUUCUUCAUUGACAAUAAAAGCAGAAAGAGUUG